AUGUGGAAUGGGGUGAUCGAGGAGGUUAUUUCAACAUCAUAUCAACCCAACGGACAUGAGCAGGAGCGCAAGAUGAGCAACCAGCAGGGAUUGUUAGUAGGCGGAGACACGUCGCGGACAGCGCAGCAGGUGCAAGCAGCGUUGGAGAGAUUUUUUAUCAUGAAUGAAGAGUACAACAAAGUAAUUUGCAUUGGCGAAGGGUGCAGGAAGGCAAUCAAAGCACAGGCGGUCCAAAGGCAUUUGCAGAGGAGACACAACGUGGAAGGGGUUUUGUCGAAGAGGAUUGCGGACGUGAUUGGUGAAGAAGUGGGAUGGCGUUGGAGACCGAGUAAUAAGAGAUUACCAGUGAAUGGUUUGGGCCCGCAGAAAGGGUUGGAGGUGUUCAAGAGGUUUCAGUGCCGGUUUUGCAAUGAGUUACCGGCGAGGACGGUGGAGGAAGUUGAACAUCAUUUGUAUGAGAUGCAUAGGGAGACGGAGGGUCACAUAUGGGAUGAAGUGCCGGGAAUAGUGGAGGUGGCAGAGGAGGCGGCGCCGGCAGAGAAGGAUGCGGUGGAAGAGGCGGCACCGGCAGAGGAGACAGCGAUGGAUGAUGCAGCAGCAGAGGAGGCAGCGAUGGAUGAUGCAGCAGCAGAGGAGGCAGCGAUGGAUGAUGCAGCAGCAGAGGAGGACACAGCGAGAGAGAUGGAUCCGAAGAAAAUUCCAGAUGAUGUUACAGAGGAUAGCGAAAGUUGGAGUGAAGAGGAGGGUCAAGAAGAGGGGGAGGGGUGCAAGGAGAAGGAAAAUUUCGAAGGGUGGGAAGGGGAUUGUUUUGGGUGGAGGUGGAGGGAGGCCGAACAAGCGGGAUGGGAUGAAAUGGCCGAGGAUUGGGUAGUUAUGUAUUAG